UCAUUCGAAAGAUUAUGUUGCUAAGAAUUCUUCUUUACAUCAGUUAUACAUACAGAAGUUACGUGCAAGUCCAGAGUAACGUUGAUAAUAGGAGUAGCGCGUGCGCCCUUAUCUACCGUGAUAAAUCAACGUUUUGACGGACGACCGUCAAAAAAUUUAAAAUCUUAUACUUCUAAGAGGUCAAUGGGUUAUGAGAAAAAAGUACGAAUUACGUCCUACGAAUAAAUAAUAAUAGUGAGCGCGUCGUAGCAAAAGACUACGUACGGUCAACGCCCAAAAUACCUGUUCAGUUGGCUUACCUGUUUUAAUGUUGGCGUCCCCGUGCUAUUAAAUUGUUCCUUCUCAAACUCACAUAUCAAAUGUAAUUAUCACUAUGCACUCACUACAUCCACAAAAAAUUGUUAUUUGAUGUAUUAAUAUUUUGAAUUAACGAGCGGUACAAGUGCACUACGUACUAUUCAUGAUCGCGAGCGUUUUCUUCGCUAUGCGCCAACGUACUCCCACAUCAUUUCUUCACUACACACGUACUUCGUGUGGUGUGUGAACGAAACAAUUUUGCCACGGAAUUUUGGUUCGAGUUCCAGUUUAUACUUGGAUUACUUAAUGUUAUUAUUGUGAGGGGGUGAUCAUAAGUCAUGCAGAAAGCAUCCAGGAUAAAGAAAGAACUUGCCCGACUUGUGGAAGAUCCACCAGAAGGAAUUUCCUGUUAUGCGAAAGCUGACAAAAUGGAUGUUUUAUCUGUCAGUAUCAUGGGUCCAAAUAAUAGUCCAUACAAUGGCGGAUUAUUUCAACUUGAAGUUGAAAUCCCUGACAAUUAUCCAUUCGAGCCUCCAAGAAUUAAAUUCUUGACACCAGUAUAUCAUCCCAAUAUAGAUAACAGCGGACGGAUUUGUAUGGAUCUUCUCAAAAUGCCUCCAAAAGGUGGUUGGAAGCCUACAAUCAAUUUGGAGAAUCUCUUAACAGCAGUACAACAUUUACUUGGCAAUCCAAAUCCUGAUGAUCCCCUCAUGACUGAGAUUGCUGAAGAAUAUUGCAUAAAUAAAGCUGAGUUUGAAAGAAAAGCCAGACAAUCUACAUAUAAAAAUGCAAAGAAGAAACGAAAAAAUGAUUUUGAAUAGUCUAAAAA